AUGGCUUAUGCUAAGGUCUCUCUUUUGCCUCUCUUCCUGCUUGCCACCUUAGUAAUAAUAUUUUCGAUGAAGAAGGUAGAAGCAGGUGAUUUUCUGAUGAAGAAGGUAGAAGCAGGUGAUUUUCUGAUGGAGAAGGUAGAUGCAGUUGAUUUUCUGAUGGAGAUGAAAGGAACAGAAAGUUGUGAAGAUUUAUAUUGUACAUUAUUUGGGAAAAAAUGCGAUGUACGUUGUGACCGUUGUAAAUGUGUAUAUUCUGGGUCUACCUAUAGUCCUAGAAUAUAUUGCGUGAAAAAUUCAGAUGUUAGGAAGAUAGUGGAACAAACUCCUAACUUAUGUGAAACUCACGUGGACUGUAUAAAAAAAGAAAGUGGGAGCUUCUGCGCUUUCAUUCCAAAUUCAAAUAUUGAACAUGGCAUGUGUUUUGACUCUAACUCCCAAGCUCAAGCCAGAAUCAAGAAUAUUCUAUUUUCUGAAUUCUCAAACUUGUUGAAGAUGUCUUCGGCAAUUUAA